AUGCCCAAUCCCACCGUCGUCAUUGUGCCAGGCGCCUGGCACCGGCCUGCGCAUUUCCAGGGUCUCAUCGAUGAGCUUGCCAAGGUCCACUACGACGCCGUCGGAGUUUCCCUCCCAUGUGUGGACUCCAGUCCUCCUCUGCCAAGCUGGGACAAGGAUGCACAAGCUAUCCGCCAAGUGAUUCUUGAAAAGCUGGACGAUGGCAAAGAUGUCAUCGCACUCGCCCACUCGUUCGGUGGUAUUUCCAUGUCCGAGGCGGUUAAAGGUCUGGGAAAGAAGGAACGCGAAGCGCAAGGCCUGAAAGGAGGCGUUAUCAAGCUCAUUUACAUGUGCGCCAUGGCAUUGCCCGAAGGCCAGACCCAUCUCGGUCAGAUGGUGCCUGCUUCCCCUGAAGAGGAGGAGAUCGAGCGGCAGCGUCAAGAAAUGCAAGCACAAUUCGGAGGAAUGGAGGUCACAGCGGAUGGGGCAAUCGUCCUCCCCAAAGAACAUAUUCACCUGGUCUUUUAUAACCGCUGCGAGCAGAAAGAUAUCGACCAAGCAGUGAAGCUGCUAGGCACAUUCCCCAUGGGACCAUUGGCUGUUCCUGUAACGUACACUGCUUACCGUGAAAUUCCGAGCACAUACAUUGUCUGCAACAACGAUCGGGCAUUGCCCCCGCCAGUGCAGCGAAGGAUGAUUGCGCAAGGCGAGGGCUGCUUCGAUGUGGAAGAGUGCGAUGAAGGUCACUCUCCAUUUAUGAGCAAUCCCGCCUUCAUUGUAGGUUGUGUUCGCAGGGCGGCUGGGGAGAACAUCUAG